AUGCAUGCAGCUAAAACAAAAUACUUCAAUAACAUUUUCUGCAAAGAGCUGAUGAUGCCGUCGCCGCAGCCGGGGGAGCCGGGCCGGCCCCGCGAGCAGUCCCCGCUGCUGCACCUGGACCUGUACAACUUCGACUGCCCGGCGGCCGAGGGCAGCCGCUACGUGCUGACCAGCCCGCGCUCGCUGGAGGCCUGCGCCCGCUGCGCCGUCAAGCCCGUGGAGCUGCUGCCCCGGCCCCUGGGCGAGCUGGUGCGGGAGGCCCCGGGCCGCUCCAUGCGGGUGGCCGCCGGCCUGUACGAGGCCUACGAGCUGGAGAGGCAGAGGAAGCUGCGGCAGUGCCGGGAGGAAAGAGAAAGGAUUAUCCGUGAGGAGAAGCGCAGGAUUUUCACCCCCCUGGCCAGCGGCAGCCUGCCCUCCUCCCCUGCCUCCCGCCUGGCCUUCAAAGCCGCCCCGGAUGGCACCUGCUCCCCAGCUGCGCAGGCAGGGGCAGGGGUAGAGGUGGGGGCCAGCGCCGGGACCACCCCCACAGGGACCAAGACCAAGACCAAGAGCCACUCCCUGGACUCUCUGCAAAGGAGGAGAGAGGGUUUUUCAGUCAAAACUUCCUCCGAUUCAGGGGCGUCCUCCUGCUACAGUGGGGAGAGCCCUGGGGACAAAUGGGCCAAAAGCAUCCCCAGGACUAGGACGGUGGCUGCCAUGAGCUCCCUCGUGGGCCGGAGCUUCAGCCUGGGGGAUCUGAGCCACUCCCCCCAGACCACCAAGAAGGUGGAGAAGAUUGUCAAGGAGGUGAAGAGGAAGAAGGGUCUCAAGGAGGUGUCAGAGAGGGACAGGAAGAUUGCGGCCUUGAUGAUUGCCAGGCACCAGGAAACCAGCCUCCUGAACGAGCAGAGGUACACGGCCCAUCUACAGUGGGACAGCCAGCGGCAGCGGGCGGAGCAGCGCAAGGAGGAGGAAGAGAAGGAGAAGCAGAGGGCGUUGCUGCAGUGCCACAAGAUGUGGGAGUCCCAGGUGGAGAAGCGCCGGGGGAAGCUGAACCAAGAGCAGCAAGAGGCAACCCUGCUGAAGCAGCGGCAGUGCCUGAUAUACGAAGAGAGGUGGAAAGAGCAGGCCGAGAAGCAGGAGAAGAUGAAGAGGGAGAAGCUGGAGAGGGCCAGCCGAGAAGACAAGCAGAAGAAGCUCCAUCAGGAGCACAACCUCAAGUCUAAGGAGGAGGACAAGAAGGAGCACCUGGAGCGUGAGGAACAGCUCCUGCAGGAGAAGCUGUUCAGUGCUGCACAGAAGAAGCUGAGGAAGGAGCUGCAGCUGCAGAAGGAGAAGAAGCUGCUCCACCAAGCAGAGAAGCUGAAGCAUGAGGCAUUGCUCAAGGAGUUGGCCUGGCAUGAGGCAGAGGAAAAGGAGAUGCUAAAGGCUUCCCUGGAGAUGAACCUGAACAAGGCCCAGGAGAACUAUGAGCAGCUGGUAGAGAAGAGGAACCAGGACAUGAAGGAGAAGGCCAAGAGAGGGGAGAUGCAGUUCCAGAGAGCCAAAUUAUCAGCAGAGAGGAAAGAAAAGGAGCAGAAAGAGCACUUAGAGGCUCUGGCCAGAGCCACAGAGAGGAAGCUCCAGCAUGCUGCCCAGGUGGCUGAGGAGGUAGUCCAGCAGAAAGCCCGCAAGGUGGUCCAGAGCCGACUGGAGAAGGAAAAGGUACAGAAGAUGAACAAGCAGAAAGUGGAGCAGUGUGAGAACUUGCGGCGCAGGGAGAUCCUCCUCUCCAUUGAGAAGAAGCUGGAGAGGAGUGAGCAGUUCUUCAGGGAGAAAAAAACUGUCCUGGAAAAUGCCAGGUCUAUUGCCCGGGCAUCCUUCCACGUCCGGGAAAAGGUACGGGAGGAGACGAACACACGUACCUUUGACAAGAUGGCCUUUGAGGCAGAGUUGCAUGCCAACCUGGAUAAAAAAUGAGAGUUCUUGUCUUUCUGUAGAAGAUGAGAAAUGCAUCACCUGGCACCCACCAUAAUGCAGUAGAAAGCUCUUACAUGUGGGAACACGAUUUUAUUUUUUUUAAAUCCUGAGUUACUAUUUGUAGGGACCAGGGUACUGCACAAAAACCAUGGCAGCUAUUUCACAUACCUUUAUAAAUAUAAUUUUAUUUUGGGGGUUGUUCUAGGAGACGGGCCUCAGUUCUCUCUACCAGAAGAGAAACUAUCCCAUCUCCAUCUGACACAAAGCCAUGUACACAGAUUAAAGCAAGAGCACGCACGUUUACUCAAUGAGGGCUGCGGUGGCAACUUGCCAGAAACCUGUAGGUUUCCUCUAAUUUGCCUAAAAAUAGAGCUGAUUGCAGUCAUCCUCAUCUUUAAUAUGGAAAUGCACAGAGUCAAGAUUAUAGGCCUAAGCGUAAGGCACCUCAUUUUGAUUUGAGUGGCUUUUCAGCUUGAAACAAGUCCUGUUUGCUUGAAUCUGUUGUCUCCUCCACACUAAGGAUGAGAAUGGCUCCUUUAUAGAACUCCAUGGGGUGCAUCUGGUUCCUGGGCUGCACUUUAUCCACUUCUGAUAUAAAAUGCAGAAAGAAGGUACCUAUAAUAACACCAUGCAAGUAGAUGCCAUGAUCAGAGCUGGGCAGAUAUUGCAAACUAUAAUUCACAACCACUAACUAUAACACUAACCUUUGCUUUCAUCGUCUUGACAACCCCUUUCAUUCACCUUGCACAGACAUUCAGAGAAAGCCGUUGUUACAGAAAAGGGAAUGUCAUAUAUACAAUUGCAUUCCCAGGAGUAUUUGCACUGGAAGUGAUUGCCUGGAUUUCUGGAGAGGUAUGCACCUAUCCAAUCAGGGAUCAGAAAUACCACCAUGUGACAUGUGCCCAAUCACACAGUUUUAAGAGCAGAUUAUGAACAACUACUAGAAGUAAACUGGUUAAAUGUUCUCAAGUAAUUCACACAUUUGAGUUAUGCUUGUGCAGAUGAUUUAUUGAACAAUUUCAGAUCAGGACCCAUCUUUUGAAACACUGCCUGCUCACAGAUCAUUUCUAACAAAAAAAUUAACAAGUAAAUUAUUUGCAGUGAAUACAUUACCCAGCUCUAAUCAUGGCUUGCUACACAGGACAUUGGUGCUAAUGACUACUAUGUUCUUUAUGGCACAUAAGACAACAGAUGUACAUUUUGGAACAAAUUAAUACUUGUUAUUAAUUUACUCAGGAGGGGAUCAUGGCAUUCUUACAGCUCUAACCAGUUACUGGAUAGCAUGGAAUUAAUCCUUCUGUUAUUAGUGAAGGAGGACUAUUAAAAGCCUGCCCCAAACUCAUGGAAAACAAUGGAUUUAGAGAACAUUCUGCUGACCUUUGCUGUAUGUAUUUUUCUCCCGGAUUAUUGUUAUCAGAACACAUCUGCAUGAAAACAGAAAUCUUUGCUAGACUUCUUCUAAGUUUAUGGUAUAAUUAGCUGCUUCUUCCCUGCACUUCACCUGCUGUGACAUCAUGCUGGGCUGCUGUGGAAAAGGUGCUGAUAGAAAGGUCACAAAUAGAAUAUGCUCAGCUCAGAUGAGGUGAAGCAGUGGGAGCAACAAAGAUCCUGUGUUCAUGCAAAUGACUCUAUACACAAAGCCAGGGGAAGAAAGAUGGGAAAUAGUAUGUGAGAGAUCCUAUAUGGAAUGCUUUUCAACAUUUUGCUUGAGGUGGCAGCCAAUCUUAAAAAGUUUUUGAAGGAAGAUGUAAUGUUAAUGGCAACACUAGCAGUAGCUCAAAGGCAUGCAGACCCUGGAAACAGGAUACGACUAGUGCUGGAAGCAAAAAAAGUCAGUUUUCCAGACUUUGAUUUAAUUUAUUUAGCUUGGUGACUAAUAAACAAGUUUGGUCCAGUGUAAACAGCAGGAGACUAAGAGUCAGAAGGCUUGGAUUUUGUUCCCAGCUCUGCCAGUGACUUGACACUAAGCAGGUCAUUUGGAGCUGAUCCUUCUCCCACUGAAAUGAGUAGCAUUUGCCCAAAAGAAGCAGAAUUGGGUUCAUAGCCUUGCUAUGCCUCAUUUGACCCUCUGGGGUAAAUGGAGGCUAAUGAUACCACACUUUUUAAAGGCCACUGAGAUCUUCAGACAAAAGGUGCUACAGAAGUGCAAAGUAUUAAAUAUGUAUUUAUGAGUAUUUAUUUUGUCUGUAUUUAGUUAGGCACUACAGGAAAACAUACCUUUUAGGGAUAGUGUUCACUUUUAGAAAGUACACCAGGUUACAUCAAAUAGCAAGAAUAUUCAAAACCAUUGUUGGGGGAUGGGAGGAGGAACAGUGCUGGAUCCCUGCCCUCAGAUAGGAUCCUUUUGCCUUUGAAUAUUCCCAGUGAUCUGAAUGGCUAAUGGGCUUUAGCUUAAGGCAACUUUCAUGGAAUAAUUCCCCUUUCUGUCAUUUGUCCACUUAAUUGUUAUAUUCAGCACCGCUUGCUUUACUGUAUAGGGAACUACUUUCACAUUUUUAAAACU